UAUUUGUAGGUUUGGAUCUUUUUUCUCUCUUAUGUGAAUCACAAAUCUGUCUUUAAAUGGAACAAACUGACCACAAAAACAACAAUUAAUUUUUUACUGUUUUUAAUUGAUUGAAUUUUCUUUACUCAGAUCUUCUAUGUUGUGAUCAGAGUCCCGAAUAUUAAAAUGGGAACCUGUGCAGACUCCAUCAACAGUGGAAUGACUUUCAAAAAAGUUCAACAUGAAGUGCGUGGACCUGAUCACGCAGGUCUGCGGAGGGUUUUGGUGGGUUUUCUGCGGCCCCUGGCGUGUCGUGAACCCUCUCCUGUUUCACCUCCUCCAACACAACACACCUGGAAAGUUUAACAAAAAACGGAAAGUAGGAAAACCCGGUGACCACAGAACGGCUGCGCAUAACGGACAGAGGGGACUUUUAGAUUUAGACUACCGGAAAACGUGUCGGACUGGUUAUCUGCCGUUAGAAAACGUUAAACCGGACUAAACUGUGGCAAAACCCAACAGUUUCACUUUUGGAUUCAACCCCCUCCCUCCCAGCGCGCGAUCCAAUGAGAUCCAGUCCGCGCACGCGGGCGUAUUGGUGCGAGAUAAUAAUCCCAGCUGAUGUGGGUUAAUGAGGCGAAUACGCGGCGGGACGAACUCAGACGGCGCGCGCGCGUCCAGUGAGGAGUCGCAGGAGCUGUCGGGAUAAGGCUGCUGAGACGAGGACCAGCAGCCGGUAAAUACCCAGAGUAACACCCCAUGGAGACGGGCCAGAGCGCGCAGGGCACUGACAUGGUCGGGGAGCACUCCCUGGAGCGGGCGGACGUGUGCAGCCCGGCGCCCCCGGCCCGGCAGCGCUCCCUGCGCGUGGUGUACGUCCUGAACGACGGGCUGAAGGCGGUGAUGGCCAGCAGUCCCGAGUCCGGCGCGCUGCAGAGCCUGCAGCGCGCGUGCGACGCGGAAAGCGCGCUGCUCACCACCGUCACCUUCGGCAGGCUGGACUUCGGAGAAACGUCGGUGCUGGACUCGUUUUACGAUGCAGACAUUGCUGUUGUGGACAUGAGCGACGUGUUUCGCCAGCCAUCCCUGUUUUAUCACCUGGGUGUGAGGGAAAGCUUUGACAUGGCCAACAACGUUAUCCUGUACCAUGACACCGACCCCGACACUGCCCAGUCUCUGAAGGACAUGGUGGCUCAGAAAAACACAGCUGCUCGCCCCCCAGCAUUAGGGUUUCCCUGGGUUCAGUUGCCUCCAGAAUAUAGGGGCUCUGGACUACGAAACAAAGCAUCCAGCGGGAACUACUACUUCAUCCCCUACAUAGUGACCCCCAGCCAUGAGUACAUGUGCUGUGAAAGUGAUGCACAGCGCAGGGCCAGCGAGUACAUGCAGCCAAGCUGGGACAACCUGUUAGGGCCGCUGUGCGUUCCCCUCACCGACCGGUUCACCAGCCUCCUAAAGGACAUCCAUGUGACCUCCUGUGCAUCCUUUAAAGACACUUUGCUCAAUGACAUAAGAAAAGCCAGGGAGAAAUACCAGGGAGAGGAGCUGGCAAAGGAGCUGACCCGCAUAAAGCUGAGAAUGGAUAACACUGAGGUCCUAACGCAGGAUAUUGUUAUGAACCUUCUGUUUUCCUACAGAGACAUACAGGACUAUGAUGCCAUGGUGAAGCUAGUGCAGACUCUGGAGCUGUUGCCCACUUGCGACCUGGCCACCCAGCCCAUGAUUCAGUUCCACUAUGCCUUUGCCCUCAACAGGAGGAACAGUCCUGGAGACCGAGAGCAGGCUCUGAAAGUUAUGCUCCAAGUGCUGCAGUCGUGUGAACACCCAGCGCCCGACAUGUUCUGCCUCUGUGGACGAAUCUACAAGGACAUCUUCCUCGACUCGGACUGCAAAGACACAAUCAACAGGGACAAUGCCAUACAGUGGUACAGGAAGGGGUUUGAGCUGCAACCCACCCUCUAUUCUGGCAUCAACCUGGCUGUUCUGCUCAUAGUUGCAGGACAACAAUUUGAGAACUCAAUGGAACUGAGAAAAAUAGGCGUCAGGUUGAACAGCCUGCUGGGCCGCAAAGGUUCUCUGGAGAAAAUGAACAACUACUGGGAUGUAGGGCAGUUCUUCACAGUUAGCAUGCUGGCCAGCGACAUCCCCAAAGCCACUCAGGCUGCUGAGAAGCUCUUCAAGCUGAAGCCACCUCUAUGGUAUUUGCGUUCUGUGGUUCAGAACCUGCAGUUAAUCCAGAGGUACAAGAAGCAGUCGAUGGAACAUUCUCCUCAGCGAGAGCGACUGGAUUUCUGGAUGGACAUCAUAGUUGAGGCCACACAAGGAACCACCAACAGACUGCGCUUUCCGGUGUUGAUUCUGGAGCCCACAAAAGUUUACCAGCCGUCUUACGUUUCAAUUAACAAUGAAGCAGAAGAGAUGAAUGUCUCCAUCUGGCAUGUUUCUCCUGCUGAGACGAAGGGAAUCCACGAGUGGAACUUCACUCCAAACUCCAUCAAAGGCAUCAGCAUCAGUAAGUUUGAUGAGCGCUGCUGCUUCCUCUACGUUCAUGACAACUCUGAUGACUUCCAGAUCUACUUCUCCACCGAGGAACAGUGUGGUCGGUUCUGCUCUAAAGUGAAAGAGAUGAUUUCUGACAGUACCGGGAAUGCUGUGGAGCUGGAGGGGGAGGGGGACGGAGAUACACUGGAGUACGAAUAUGACACUAAUGAGACAGGGGACAGGGUGGUGCUGGGGAGGGGUACCUAUGGAGUGGUUUACGCGGGGCGGGACCUGAGCAACCAGGUCCGGAUCGCCAUCAAAGAGAUUCCGGAAAGAGACAGCAGGUAUUCACAGCCACUUCAUGAAGAAAUCGCUCUCCAUAAGUACCUGAAGCACAGGAACAUCGUUCAAUAUUUGGGUUCUAUUUCUGAGAACGGGUUCAUCAAAAUCUUUAUGGAACAAGUGCCUGGAGGAAGCCUGUCUGCACUGCUGCGUUCAAAAUGGGGCCCAUUGAAGGAGGCCACAAUCAUCUUUUACACCAGACAGAUCCUGGAGGGCCUGCGGUACCUUCACGAGAACCAGAUCGUCCACAGAGACAUUAAGGGUGAUAAUGUUUUGGUGAACACCUAUAGCGGCGUCUUAAAGAUCUCUGACUUUGGAACCUCCAAACGUCUUGCUGGAGUGAACCCCUGCACGGAAACUUUCACAGGUACUUUGCAGUACAUGGCUCCUGAAAUAAUUGACAAGGGCCCUCGGGGCUACGGAGCCCCAGCUGACAUCUGGUCUCUUGGCUGUACCAUUAUUGAAAUGGCUACUGGGAAACCUCCUUUCCAUGAGCUCGGGGAACCACAGGCUGCUAUGUUUAAGGUUGGCAUGUUUAAGAUCCAUCCGGAAAUCCCAGAGUCUUUGUCCUUGGAAGCAAAGUCUUUCAUUCUUCGCUGUUUUGAGCCAGAUCCUAACAAGAGGCCCAUCACCACAGAUUUGCUCAAAGAUCCUUUUAUCAGACACAACGCCAAAGGCAAGAAGAGUAAGAUCGCCUUCAAGUCAUCAGACUACAUCCAUAAUUCGUCUGUGCCGGUGCAGCUGCAGGGCGAAGCAGCCGGCAGCAGCAGCAGCGAACACGGCUCUGUCAGCCCAGACUGCGACUCCAAACAAGACAUUUUCUUUGACAAGAAGAGAAGCUCCGGAUCAGAGAACAGUCUCAAAUCCAGCAGCUCUAAUUACCUGAGCGUUCCAUCGGAGACCUCUGUGUCAGAGGAUUGCAGUGCCCCGCCCUCUCCUGAUGACAGGGACGGCGGUCUGUUCCUGCUGAAAAAGGACAGUGAGAGACGGGCCAUCCUUUACAAGGUUCUCAAUGAGGACCAAGAAAAGGUCAUUUCUAAUCUCAGAGAAAAUCACAUCCAGGGCAGUGAGGAGCUGCAGCUCUCUGCCGACCACAUCAAGCAGAUCAUCUGCAUCCUUCGGGACUUCAUCCACUCUCCUGAGAGACGUGUCAUGGCAGCCACCAUCUCCAAACUCAAGCUGGACCUGGACUUUGACUCGACCUCCAUCAACCAGAUCCAGCUGGUCCUGUUUGGCUUCCAGGACUCGGUUAACAAGGUUCUACGGAAUCAUCACAUUAAACCUCACUGGAUGUUUGCCAUGGACAACAUCAUCCGUCGAGCUGUGCAGGCUGCCAUCACCAUCCUGAUACCAGAACUGCAGACCCACUUUGGGCCAGCCUCAGAGUGUGAGGGGGCAGAGAAGGAAGAUGAGGUGGACGAGGAGGAGUCAGACUUUUGUCCUGUUUUAACCUCAAACUCUGAUGACCCGGUGGUUACGGUUGAACCCGUUCACUCUAUCACCGUCCCUUUAAACAUCGCUCAUUCCCAGGAGCAUCAUCGAUCUCAAAACCAGCUGGGAACCCAGCUGGGUCGACUGAAACAGGAGACCAGCAGACUCCUGGAGGAGCUGCUGCAAAAGGAGCGGGAGUACCAGCAGGUCCUGAAGACCACACUGCAGCAGAGGACUCACGACCUGGAGUUGAUCCGACUCAGACACAGACCACCUAACAUUGCCCCCCCCUCCAUCCAUCACACCCCAGCAGACCAUGAGCCAGACAAACGGCUGACUGACUGGCUGAAAGAGCAGGGAGCGGAUCCAAGCACUAUAGAGAAGUUUGUCGUUGAGGAAUACACACUGACUGACAUUCUGAAUGAUGUUAGCAAAGAUGACCUGCGCUGCCUGCAUCUACGCGGGGGGGUCCUUUGCCGGAUCUGGCGAGCUAUCCAGCGGCACAGAGAGCGAGGGAGGCUGGUGGGCGACAAACACUCCAAAGAUGAUGCAUGAGUACAACUGCAGCAGACAUUGCAGAAAACAUGCACACCUCAGGACAUUACCAGCUCUGCAUGGUCUGUUUUCUGUUCACGGUACCUUUUCAUGUUGUGGCCUCUGUUUAAAGCACAAGUUCUGGACUGCCUGACUGCAGUUCGUAUUAAGCAGACCAAAGUGUUUUAGUGCAGGCACUACUACUGUGUAUUAUAUUGUGCAACAAUACAUCAUCAAUCCAAAGACAAUUCUACUCCAAGCCCAACACGCCAUGCAAAGGAGCAUUUUCUCAGUCAGUUAUAUUUUUGGACAUUUAUUGUAUUCAUCUGUCUGGCUUCUAUAUGCUUGGCUGGGAUUUGUUGUUGGAAUAAUUCACUCUUACACUUUCAAAGUAUGGAAGAUAUGAAGGCAAUGAAAAUGGGGGUGCUCAAAGUGCAGAUGUCCAUUUAGAAUUUUCUUCAUUGGGAAGAAAAAAGUUAACUGUAGGCUUAAUUUUGAUCAUCAUCACAAGUAGACCUUUAUGGUCUGUAGAACCAAAUCCAAGGCCCGCUUUCAAACAUAGGUGUUGGUACGUUAGAACCAGCAGCUUCACUUAUGUAGUCGCGUGACGUUGUCCUCAAAAAGGUUGAACAUGUUUUCCGCUUAGCAUUACAGCAUUAAGUAGAACAUGAGCAUCAGCUAGGUCUUUUGGAAGGAGGAAAUGAGGACAUUUGAGCACAGAAAUGAGACGGAGGAAAACCCCAAAUCACCCUAACAGGAAGCAGAGCAGUGCACAGAACAAGUGGAAUAAAUCAUCCUGUGUCAAAAUGAGCAGACCUGUAUUGUUUAGCCCUCGGGGGGGAUUUUAAUCUCAUCUCUGUAUGAGAUUCUCGUCUGAGAAUCAAUCGGGCAUAUCUGUCUGGUCAGCAGAAGCUCUCUGCUUUAUCGGUUUAAGCCAUGUUGGUAGCAGACAUUCUGCAGGCUGCAGGUCGUAGUGAACACUUCUGUAAGGGAGAAGUAGGUGAGACGCAGGCGUGUUGUUUUUUUCACAGAUUUAUUUUACUUUUUGAACCCCCCAAAUCCUGCAGACUGUUCACAAAAGCCUGUUGGUGAUGUUCGCACUACUCGUGCACACUCUGUACGUGCAGCAUUUGUGCGGUCAGUAAGGAACCAGUAUUCACAAGUUACUAACGACUAGAGCGUGGCGUAAGGAUGCCCUAUGACAGCAUCACCCAUAUGUCAUAAGUGUGUGUAACUUCCAUUAUCCUUACGAAUACUUAACGAUACACGUAUAACACACACCACAAUGGUACGUUCCAUUUUCCUGAUGUCCCUUGAGGUGGCCGUACGAGCCUCAAGGGAACUGCAAGACACACCUGAGCUCGCCUGAGGAUGCAUCUGCUCCUCUUUACAACUGUCCACGAACCCAAAAACCCACAGAACCUGUACAGGGGUUGAGCUGGUACAUGUGACUAAAGCUUUCUGUGCACAUUCUCCCACAAGUUGAGUGGGUCUUGCAAAACCUAAAAGUGUGAGUCAAACUGUGCCACAAAGGGCUCCUGCUUUGGACGUGCUGGUACCUCAUGAAAGCAGCUGCAUCACUUUGGUGGAUCUGCUACAGCUUUGAUUCUCUUUCAGUUGUGCUUAAAUGUUUGUGUGGACUCACAAAAGAUUAGGUUUCCUGAUUAUCUUUUGAUGCUAACAUUAGCUACGUUCACUAGUGUUGGGACAAAUCACAUGAAAUGCCAACAUGGAAGAUCAAGAUCAAAGAUUUGUCUUCUUUCCAUGCCGCUCCUUUUCGUGACAGUUUAGACCUUUUAGUGCUUUGAGCUCAGUCAACAUUCUUUCCAUCUUUUACCUGCUACCAUCAUACCUCCAUAGCCUGACUUUGGGGAGGAGCAACUUUCCCAGGAGUUAAAAACAAAAACUACUGUUUUUAAUCCACAAAAGAUAUGGGCACUUCAUCCACUCUGACCCAAGAAAACAGGAUAAAGAAUUGUGUACAAUUAGGAGAGGGACUAACCACCAAGUUAUUUCAAGAUUUGCUAAGUUUCAUUUGCAUCUCAUAGUUUAAAAAUGCAAUUCAAACCUGAUUAUUUAAACUUAACGUAUAACAAGCUUUUUUAGAAAACAAUAAACUAUCCAUAUUUUUAUGUUGAUGUGUUUGUCAUGUGUAAAAACCAAAAUGCUUUAAAGAAAUUUAAAAAAAUACAAUGGUUCACUAUUCUGCUAAAACUUGUGUAACAGAACUUCUAUCUUAUAUGAAAAAGUAACUUGAUGAGGUCAAAUCAUGUAAACCCAAAGCUAGUUAACAGAUCUGACCCUAGAUCAGAAAAACAUGUGACUUGCCUUUAUUGUUAUCAUUCUAUCCUAAAUCUUAAAGCAAAAGUGAGUUCAAAUCUGCUCACUACUGCCUUCACAUUUGUACUGAUGUAUUAAUUGGCUGCAGCUUCUGUUUUUCUUGGUGUGCAUUUGUUUUUUAAGUUCUUUUCUCUUUUUUAUUCCAGCUCCUUUUGUUAUUUGUCAGCUCUAUAACAGCAAUAAACUUUGCAUCGUAAA